AUGGGAAUCCCGGACCGUUACGGCGGAACUAUGGAUAUAUGCGCUGUGGAGAAAAUAUUAGUCAGCUCACCUGGAUCACACGUCAUUUCCCUGUCACGUCGGCAUGGUCCCAUCGGGUCGCGUUCAUUUAAUUUUCAGCCUCAUUUUCUGGUUUCUCCUCCCUUUGUCUAUGCUGGAUUCGGCAUCGGAUGUCUGGCCAGGGAGACGCGUCGAUGGGCAGCGCCAGACGGCCGAGGAAUUGAGAGGCCUGCCUGGGAUAGAAAUCCGGCUGGAGCGAGCUCCGAGGCGACGUCUACGUUACAUAGACUCCUGCCUAAUUGGGAAUCGAGGUCAGCCGCCCUGUCGCGCGUAAUGUCCAUACUAGUCAUCCUAUCCCGACAGCUACCACUGCACAGCACAUCCCGACCGCCAGGCAUGGCGACACCCUCCUCAUCGGGAACCUCGCCCUCGCCUGCCCUCUCGUUCGCACUCCCCGCGACCGCGUCCGAAAAUUCUACGGACGAGCCCAACGAUGUUGACCAGGCCGAGCGUGAAGAGCGAAGAAAGAAGUUGCUGGCGCGAAUGGAGUUUGCUAAGCCUGCUGGUACCGGUGCGUUGAACGUGCGCCGCGUCGUGCGCGGUCAUCGUGUGUGGUCGCGAUAUGCACGGAAUGUGCCCUUGACGGAAUACGUUCCGCUCGUGGCAAUCUUUCCUGGACUCCUCUCCUCUCUGAUACAACUGGCGCGUCGCCUUAGUGCUUCCUGCCUGUCUGUACUCGUCGCGCCGUGCAGCGGACGCGCCCGGCGUUCCGCAGACAUCGGUCCAUCAGUUGGCUGGGCACGCAUCACGCGUGCCCUUCGUUCCACGCUCGCCCUCGCGUCCUACAAGACAAGACACAACGUUGCCAACGUUCCACUGCGCAACCUCGAGGCGCAGGUCGCCCAACGCGGUCACAUUAAUAUUAAUAAUCAGCCCACUGGCCAAGCAUCGCCAUCUCUAUUUCCAGCCACAUUUGCAAAUGAUAAGAAGCGCAAGGCUACGAAUACCGCAAGCAACACGGGCUUCUACAGCAGCCCUCUUGCUCAGGGAUCCAGUAGCUACAGUAUGGGCAGACCUGGUCUCGGCACGAGUUCUUCGUCCUCAAAUAUGGGUAUGACAACUGCACAUUCGAGCUAUACGUUCCCUCCUCCUAGCCCCGGCAUGUCUUCUGGCCCCUCUAACCCCUCCAGGAGUCUCUUCGCGUCUAUUCUUUCUUUACCACCAGCGAAGCGCGCUCGCACCAUCCAUAAUCCCGAUGCGCCUCUUGUUCCUCCACCGUCGCCACCCCCUCAGGCGCAGAGCAAACGAUCGCCAAAGAAGAGCACCAAGAAAGGGAAGGAACCUGCGGGAAGUGGCAAAGGAAGGGCCGUUGAUAAGAAAGGGAAGGGUAAGGGUAAGGAAAGAGAAAAGAAAGGCGCGUCAGGGAGGGGCAGAGCAAAUUCGAUUAGCAGCAUACAUACACACUCAAGCUUCAGUGCGGAAACGGAUAACGUGAACGAUACAGAUAUGAAGGCGGCGGAAACGCUAACGGAUCUGCUCUUCUCACGCACUACUGGAACGGCGAGCCCGCGCUCGUCAUUUUCGGCUCCGACGAGUGCAAGUAGAACAGCGCCAGCCGGUCCGACUAUCGGUGCUCACUCACUUUCCAAAGCCUCCUCUGCGUCUUCUGUUGCUGCUGGUGCUGGUUCUCAAUCCGGAUCCCACGUGCGGACUGCAAGUAAUGCAAGUACCGCUUCAGUUAGCACUAAUAUCAUGGAACGCGAUCAUCGCGCUUCCCCUGGUGCGGUGAAGAUGGAGACGCGUCGUUCAGCAACUCCUACAGUAACCCCUCGUCUCUCUACCCGAACAGCGCCCGGCCUAUCUGUAGGGGGCUCACUAAGCGCGCAGGCGACUCAUGUGUUUGGUGCGCCCGUGCCUUCAGGACAGCACUCUGCGGACAGCGAGGCCGCGGACCUCAUGCUCCUGUUGGCAAACAGUCCUUCUCCCGCUCGUCCUACUGUUCCACGUGAUCAUGAUAUCACUCGGAACGCGUACGCAGCUGGGCGCGUACUGUUCCCGUCAGGAUCAAACGGUAGUGGUCAAGCCUCCGAACUAGGGAGUGUUGGCAGCCGAAGCCUAACACGUAGCAUGGGCGGAAGUAGUCUCAGUGGAGAGAGUGCGGAGAUGAUAAGAGAAAAUGAGCAAAGAGCUUGGUCGGACACCGCGACCACUCCUCCGUCAUCACAAGGAGAGGCUUCACCACCGCAUAUACCGAAGACAGCUAUCGGACCUCCAACACCAGAGCAAAAUGACGGACCAACCGCAUCACCCGAUUCGCGUCCUUCGAGUUUAUCACUUGGACAACUACUUCCCUCUCCUCCGUCAUUACCGCAGACCGGUCCACAGACACCUGCACCUGCAUUCCGCUUGACUGAUUAUAUCAAUGUAACCCCGUCUCCAGCAGCUCCCGCAUCUGCCUCGCAAACUUCUGCUGUACCUCAUCCAAGCGCAUCCUCUCAGCCUUUCCCAUCGUCCUUGGGGUCUGGACCAUCCGGUCGCUUUGGAUCAACUGUUUCCGUGUCAUCUCCGCUGCGGAAGAGUUUUGACCGUGAUAGCGUCGGACUCGGUAUGAGCGGACGGAAGCUAUUUGAAGAUGAGCCUGGAGGUGCAGACAUGGGUGGUGGUGCUGGCGGUACAGCAAAAAGGAUGCGUUUUGGAGAAGAUGUGGAUGGAGCGAAUUCAUUAGGUUCCGGUAUUGAUCUGGUGCAAACAUAAAGCGGUACAUAUGCAUGAGUUGACUGUCGGCUGAGGCUUGUUAUGCCUAUGUGCCUCGCCACGUCUCAGUACUGCCGCGACAUGUGCAUAUAUGCACAUAUAAUCGUUUUGCCUUGCUGCCUCCAACGGUGAACUGUAACGAGCAGGAGCUAGGUUACCAUUUGUGUCGAUUCGACUCAGGAAUGGGUCUUCAUCGCGUUUUAUCGAUUUGUUCGUAUUCCAUUCUAUGCCGCAACUUAUGGUGCAGGAUAGGUUUCGGUCUUUCAAGCAAACACAUGCUGAAUUUCGACAUGUAUUAUCAUCAUCCAGUGGCAAACUUCUCGCUCUUUCUUGCUUGCGUGCCACUCUCGAUUAUAUCUCUAUCGUCUAUUUGAUAUUAUCCAUUCCUUGUUUUCUUUUCUUCGAUUUUUUGUUUGUGCUAUCCCGCGUUCCUUAUUACUUGGUCUAUCUUGCCCUUGGUUUUUCCUUCUUCCCUCCUACCUUCAGUUAUCUUCUUUUAUAUCUCUCCUUCUCUUUCUCUUCUAAAUUUCCUGUCUCCCG